AUGAGCUCAACUACGUGCCCAAGCUUCCCCAUGAGGUCAUUCAUCAUACAACGUCCAUUUUCUCUCAGAGUCAAGACCCUUUGCGGCACGACGCGAUUUUUUUCACUUUCGCGUCCUACAUUCGCAGGGCAUAACAAGUGGUCGAAAAUAAAGGACAAAAAAGGUGCCAACGACGCUUGCCGGAGUAUUGUAUACAACAAGGCUACUCUAGACAUUGUAAAUGCUGCUAAAGUUGGGGGUUCUGCGGAUCCUGAAAAGAAUGUUUCUUUAGCGGCGGUCCUGAAGAGAGUCAAAGCCCAGAACGUGCCGAAGGAGAAUAUAGCAAAAGCUUUGGCCAAGGCGGACAAAGCAAAAGGCUCUGGGGAAACGACCGUUUACGAAGCUAUCGCGUGUAACUCUGUCGGGAUCAUAAUAGAAUGUUCGACGAAUAACGCUAACCGGACGGUGCAGACCUUGCGUGAAAUCUUAGCAGUGCGUGGUGCUCGUAUAGCGCCAGUCGGAUUCAUGUUUCAACGCAAUGGUCUCGUCAAGGUCUCACUGGAGAAAAAUUCUCAAUUCGAUGAAAUGCUCGAAAAGACGGUUGUGAUUGCGGUUGAUAACGGUUCGGAAGACUUUGAAACUUCACCCCCUGGCGAAACUCACGAAGAAAUUGAGUUUACAUGUGAUCCUUCGACGCUGUCCAGUUUGACGACGGCCCUCGCGGAGUCGAAGUUGUGCCAAGUGCUUGCUAGCGAGCUUACCUACAGACCUAUCACCAGCGCUGAAAUAUCAGACGAAGAGUCGGAGAGGGUGAACGAAUUGGUAAAGGCACUGGCAGCUCAUGAUGAUACCAUGAGAGUUUGGACUAAUAUGCCAGUGUCAAAAUGAGUUGACAUUUUUCAUUGUUGUUCGUUCUACACCCU